AUGCCAAACACUUUGACAGCAUCGACACUGCCCAUUGAGGACAAACAGGGGAGGGGAUGGCGCUUUUGGGCGAUCUACCUCUCGCUUUGUGUGUCAAUCUUGUUAGCUGCGGUUGAAUCGACGGUCACGUCCACCGCGUUGCCAUCUAUCUCCGAUGAAUUGCAUGCGGGAAAGGAUUAUGUUUGGUUUGUCAACUCGUAUUUUCUCACCAGUGCGUGCUUUCAACCGCUUUUCGGACAGACUGCAAAUAUCUUCGGUCGACGAUGGUUGAUGAUCGGCGCGGUGGCAUUUUUCGUACUUGGCAGCGGUAUAAGCGGUGGUGCUAUCAACUCUGCCAUGAUGGUUGCUGGGCGAGCGAUUCAGGGCAUUGGUGGGGGAGGUAUCAACGUCCUGAUCGAGCUGAUCGUCAGCGAUUUGGUCCCAUUGCGCGAACGAGGAAACUUCAUGGCCAUGAUCUUCGCGGUGUUCUCUAUUGGAACAUCCCUUGGUCCGUUCGUCGGUGGUGCUCUAGUACAACACAGCUCCUGGCGAUGGGUCUUUUAUCUAAAUCUCCCAAUUGGAGGAACGGCACUCGUUCUUCUGUUCUUUUUCUUACACGUCAACUACAAACAAGAGCCCUGGGAGGAAAAUAUCAAGAAGAUCGAUUAUCUCGGCAAUGCACUACUAAUGACGUCCAUCGUCUCUAUCCUACUAGCCCUCACCUGGGCCGGUACCGCCUAUUCCUGGUCUAGCUGGCGCAUCAUUAUGUGUCUGGUGCUAGGAUUUGUUGGCAUGGUCAUAUUCCACAUUUACGAGGCCAGCCCUUGGUGCCCAGAGCCCAUGAUGCCACCGCAUAUUUUCGGCAACCGCACCUCCUUCGCCGCUCUGAUUUUGUCUUUCAUCCACAACAUGCUCACCUUCUGGGUGGUCUAUUUUAUGCCUGUGUACUUCCAGUCGGUGAAGCUCUCUACCUCGGCCCGUGCUGGUGUGCAAUUUUUACCUACCGUAAUCCUUGCUGUUCCGACUGCUAUAGUCGGAGGUGUCGUCCUCAGCAAAUGGGGCUUCUAUAAACCAAUUCACAUCUUUGGAAUGGGUCUGUCCCUUGUGGGGCUGGGGCUCUUCACACUCCUUGACGCAGACUCAAGCGAUGGAAAGUGGAUCGUCUAUCAAAUUAUCACCGCCAUAGGUCUGGGUAUGCUGCUCACAACGAUACUGCCUGCAGUUCAGGUUGGCCUCGAAGAAAAGGAUGUUGGGCUAGCCACGGCUACCUGGGCAUUUGUUCGUAGUUAUGGUGCCAUCUGGGGAAUUUCAAUCCCGGCUGCCAUAUUCAACACACAAUUUGGGCGACUGUCAAGCCGCAUAUCAGACUCUUCUGUUGCUGCACAGCUGGGAGGUGGAGAGGCAUACUCUCAUGUAUCUGCAAAUUUCAUCCGGUCCCUUGAGCCGCAAGUUCGCGACGAGGUGAUAAGUGUGUAUUCUGAUACUCUGAAGCUGGUCUGGCAAGUGUCUCUGGGAUUUGCUGCUCUAGGAUUCAUUGUCAUCUGGUUUGAAAGGCAGAUCAAGCUGCGCACCGAGUUAGAAACAGAGUAUGGAAUCCAGGUCCCGAAAGAGGACAAAGACAACAAGGAAGCUGUUGAGGCAUAG